GACGUAGAAGUAGAAGACGCCAUUAGAGAGCUGAGCGAAGCGAUAGCCAGAUAUUGAGCCUGCGCUGUUGACGUCGAUCCUAUUGCCCCACGGAGGGAUUUGUGUUGCCCGGUUUUUCCGUAGCAUCGGUCUGUUUUGUCACUGAACGAUAACUGAUGUGACUGGCAAGCCGCACUUCUCUUCUGGGCUGCUUUUUAAUUUCCAAGGAAGGAUUUUUUGCGAUGGCGGCUGGGGGAGCGGGAGGCAGUAGUAAAACCUAUUCUUUCAAGGUGGUAUUGCUGGGCGAAGGCUGUGUCGGGAAGACGUCGCUCGUCCUGCGGUACUGCGAGAACAAAUUCAACGACAAACACAUCACCACGCUCCAGGCGUCUUUCCUCACAAAGAAGCUAAACAUCGGAGGGAAAAGAGUGAAUCUGGCAAUUUGGGACACGGCAGGCCAGGAGAGGUUCCACGCCCUGGGGCCCAUCUACUACAGAGACUCCAACGGAGCCAUUUUAGUCUAUGACAUCACAGACGAGGACUCCUUCCAGAAGGUGAAAAACUGGGUCAAAGAAUUAAGAAAAAUGUUGGGCAAUGAAAUAUGUUUAUGUAUAGUAGGUAAUAAAAUUGACCUGGACAAGGAGAGACAUGUAUCAGUUCAAGAUGCAGAAGAGUAUUCCGAAUCUGUUGGAGCAACGCACUACCACACUUCAGCCAAAUUAAACAAAGGCAUUGAAGAGGUCUUUCUGGACCUUUGUAAAAGGAUGAUGGAGGUCGCGCAGGCGGACGAGAGGUCGAAGGGCAACGGGGCGAGCCAGUCCGGCGCUGCGCGACGGGGGGUACAGAUCGUGGAUGAUGAACCCCAAACUGCCACAGGAGCGGGGUGCUGCUCUUCUGGCUAGUGCCAUUAACGCACACACACAGGGAAACACUCUAACAUACUCAUAUACACAGGCACAGACACACACACACACACACCAUAGAACUUUGGACCCUCCGGCUUCCCUCUGGCUCCUGUCUGAUGAGACUGCCAUUCCUCAAGUCACAUGACCCCUCCAGCCCUGGAAUAACAUGCUUAACAGUAUUCCCAGUAACCAUAUUUAUACCACUCAAACAAAUCCUCAAACUACUGCUGAGAGCUGUGUACUGAAAAAGUAAUUACCAAUGCCCUUCUGAAGCCACACCCCCUUUCCUUUUACCCCCUUAGCAACAACCCCCCCCCCCCCCCCCACAAAUUCAUAACCUUUUCUUUGACAUGGAUAAUGUGCAUGUUGAAUCAAGUUCUGUAAAAACCUAAUUUGUUUUACUUAAAAAAAAGAAUUAUUAACUUAUGUAUUUGUUCUAUGAAGAUCAUUACUCGUUCAGACCCUGGGUAUUUUUGUGGUAAAUUGUGAGAGUUCUGCAGAUCCGCCAUGUCUCUUUUAAAUUUGGCAGAUAUCUCAUACUAUUUUUGCACUGGCCCAUAACUGUCAAUGCUCUUGUUAUACUGUACUUCUCUCUGUUUGCAGAGUCGGAAUAUAAAAUGAAAAACAUUCUUCGAUACAUAUUGAAUAUUUGAUCUGCUUUUACAAGCUUUUGGGGAAAAAAACUGCAAGUGUAGAAAAGUGUAAAUUAGUCUUGUUAAUGAUUGUAUAAUGAAAUUAACAGCUGUUGGUGGAAAAAGCACUUUUUGGAAUUGUAAUUUUUUAACUGCUAGUAUCAUGAGUGUUUUGUAAUAGAAGAAUUAUAAUAAUUUACAAUGCAUAGGUGUCAAAGGCAGUGUCGUUCUUUUUCAAAUUCAGCUAUUUCUAUUUUUUUUUUUUUUUUAAUCAGAAAUUCUUUCCAUCGGAUACGGAAUGUAAGUUUAUAAACAAAUUGGCGAAGCAAUCGGUGCAUCACCUCCUGGAAAUGGCCACUAAUGGAAAAACGAGUUCACUACAAACAAAAUGGUCGCUGCUGCUCAGUGGAGCCUGUUGAAGUGUUCGCUUUGACGAAGUGGGAGUAUUAUGCUACUGCUGAUAACCUGUGCAAGAAGUUGUUAUGAUUCUUCCUGAAAAUGACCAUGGAGGUGCCCACCAGGGAUCCACCAUGCACAGCACUCGGUAGCCUGGAUGUACUUCUUACUGUAUGUCGUCUGAAUAGGGCCUCCACAACACCCACACUAAGAACCAGGACCACCUCUAGUGGGCUGGCCAUUCUAGGCCAGAGGCAGCUGCAGUGACCUCUGACCUUUGACCUCAUGGGGAUCUGGGUUGUGGGAACUGGGCUCUCCGCCCAGCAUCAGACGUGUACGUGAGCUUGCUGUUCAGGUCUCGUGAUGCUCAGAUGCACAGGUCUCAGGCUAAAGAGGGCAUGAUCACAAGCGCCUUCCACAUGGUCAGAGCUGCAGAAGUAACAGGCCACAUGACCAGUGGGGGUAAGAGCUACAUGCUAACAUGAAUAUAGGCAAAAGGUGUAAGCAGGAAUCUUUCUUUUUUAUGAGUAGUUAUUUCAUUUUCGUAUUGCCAAUUAAAUCCAUAAACAGAGAUGAAGGUUUUGUCCAGAACCAGGAAAGCAACCCCUUGGGAGCUGUUUUCUUUGUCAAUAUGAGCAAUAAAAACUGGUUGUUUUCUCA